CGGCGCCGCCGCUGCUGUUGUUUUCUCUGCGCCGCACGUUCAUAUUAACUGUCAAGCGACGGGAGCAGCUCGGGACCCUCUGAGCGGAAAACCACCGUGAAUGGACUACCGCGGAGAGAGCCGGUGCUCGCCUUGAUCCCUCCACUGAAGAGAAGCGAAGAAAAAAUAACAACAGCAGCAUCUGCCAACCUUUGCCAUCUAGGAAAGCGCGCGGGUAAUAGUAAGAAAAACGGCGCGCGUUCGGUGAUUAGUAUGUAGACAAGUCGCUAAUUAACUGGUAAUUACGCAAGUAGUAUUUAAAGCCGCCUGUGCGCCUCGCGUGUCUGCGCGGAGUCUAAAAUUAGAACAAGGCAGAGCCACCGGAGGACGCGGUAGUAUUUAUUUAGUAGUUUUUCAUUUUUCAUUAACGCACCUUGGAUUCCAGCCGUUACCACAAAGCAAGUGUGGAGCCGAGGACGAGGUCCAAACAAUUCGAGUCAGACCUGCAUCGGAGAGAGAGAUGACCCUUGUUUUGUCCAUGAAUCCUUUCCUGGACCCAGAGGGAGACCCUCCGCUCGCCACAUACCAGCCCAUAUGGGAGUCGGAUCGCUGCACUAAGACCUGCCUGUCAGACCCCACACCGCCAUGCACCUCCGAAGAACAGUUCACAGCAGAGCCGCCCUGCAGACGAGUUCCUGAUCAUAUUUCUAUGUCAAGGAUCGCAUACUUCAAGAGGAAGUUUGUUGAUGAUGAUGAUGAGGCACCCUUUAGCUUUAGGACAUACUGCCAGACUGUUGCACCAGUACUGGAGGAGCGUGCCCACGUGCUGCGCCUCUCCCUGGAGAAGAUGCGAUUCAUCGACGACCCCGAGGCAUUCCUCCGACGCUCCGUUCUUGUUAACAACCUCCUCCGGCGUCUGCGAGCAGAGAUCCUGCUCCAGAGCACUGACUGGUGCUUCCCGCCCAACCCCGCGUUCGCCGCUGGCCCCUGCAUCCUGCCUCCCAGCACGAACCCAGCACACCAGGCUCUCCACAGAGCGGUGCCCGCCCGGAUCUGCUUAGCGCCCCAAGCUGGACCGCCCUUACGCAAGCGUUUCCGAAUGGUCCGUGGAGGACAGGGGGAUCUACGCCCCGACUGUGCCCAGACAUGCUGCUGCAUCUACGCAGCGGCGGCGGCUGCGGGACACUACCUCCACCUCCCAUUCUCCAUGUACGACGCAGCACUCUCUGCCUGCCCGUCCACACCACACUCCUCCUCGUUUUUUCAGCUGGCUAGCCAUAGUAAGUUAGGGCUGACCGUAGCCAUAGAUGAUCACGACGAUGAGGAUGAAGAUCUUGAGGAAGAGGAGGAAAAUGAAGAAGAGGACGAAGAGCGGGAGGAGGAGGAGGAAGAAGAAGAUGAUGAAAGAAGACAAGCAGGGCCUUCGGUUGAUGUUGUUAGUGACAAAUCGAGCCAGAAAAGUAGGACUCGGACCCUGAUGGGUGAUGGACACAGAAGAACAGAUAGGGUAGAAGAAGAGGAGGGGGAGCAGGAGGAAGAGGAGGAGGAGGAAGAGGAGGAGGAAGAGGGUGUGAGACCAUGCCAGUGGGACUGCACAGCAACAGAAAGAGAGCCACACAAGUUUCGUUUUUGGCACCGGAGGGCUCAGAGACAAUAAUCAGAUAGCAUUCUAAGUCUGUUAAAAAUGUAACGAUGAUGAAAACUGUCAUCAGUCGAAGAUUUUUCUUUUCUCCUCAUAAUAGAUUAAGGUGGAAGCGACCUACACUAUAGAAAUGCCAAGUCAGCUUUAUUUUAAUGGGUUAUUAUACUUCAGGGUGGUACACAGACACAGCUAUCAUUAGCAUCAGUCAGAUGAAGAAAAAACAGCCUCUGCCGGCACUGCACACAUUUCUCAAACAGUUAUAAAGACCAAGGUCACGUAACGGUGGGGUCUUAGAUCCCCAAAGUGAAGUGAAGCUUGCUAUUGCACUGUCUCCAAGACCAUUUUCAAGCCUCACAGCACAAAACAAAAGGUCUCAAAUGGGGCUUUUUUUAUUGGUGCGACGGUCUCAUUUCAGGACCCUAAACAAGCCUAUGAAAUAAUGGGUUGUGGAUUUGGGAGUGUGUGUUUACUUUUGCGCGCGCGCGUGUGUGUGUUUGCGAGAUAAGAUGUAGCAUUUUAAAAAACUUGAUUCUGAGCUGUUCUUUUUAUUAAUAAAUGGGGGGUCGCACACGAUUGUGUGUGGCUGCUGAUUUUGACGCUGACUCAGGCAACGGCGAGCGACUGUGCCGCGGCGGCACGACAUCGUUAAUCCCUCAGAUUACUUUAAGACAACACAAUCAUGAACAUUGUUAAAUCACAUUUUCAAAGUGCCUUAGUGUUUUUAUAGAUAUAUGUAUAUGGUGUGUUUAUGUAAUUGUUCUUGUUUUUAAGUAGUUAUCUUGCAUUCCGAGUUGGACUAAAACAGGACGCAGGCAUGUAGCUAAAUGCAGGGAUUCUUUGAAGUCAUGUUAAAAAAUUGAAACUAAAUUUCCACCUCCAAACGUGUUUUUUUGCAUGUUUACUUGCACCUCCUCUUCUGACAAAGCACAAACGUUCUGCAAACUUUGAAGGAGCGAAGUUUGAGCCUCGAGAUGCUAAAUGUUCAAAACCUCGUUUAUAUUUGUCAUAAUUAACCGAAGGUUUGUCGUUGGUUUAAAAAAAAUCACAUGAAUCUAAAAAAACAUCAAACUGGGUCACACGCUCUGAAUUUAACGAUUUUGUUGUCAGCAUGAUAAUUAGAUACUGUAAAUAUAUAGAGAGCAAUGUUGGUUUCAUUUUUUUUUUUAAAGAUUGCUGGUUUGUUACCUUUGCACAGGUCCAGGCUAGCUGCCCCCCCCCCCCC